AUGAAUUGCAAAGAAAAAUGCAGCAAAUGCAUGAGCGCCAUCGCAGAUGAAGUUACCUUCUGAAUUGAGGCUAAGCUUAAGAUUAACUUAUUAUUGAAAAGCUCCCGGUAGAACCUUGUGGGUGCGAUUCUCCACCUUGGUUCGUUGUUGGGCAACCUGUUGCCACCCUCUAGGAGUAAACUUCUCGCCGCCUGAGUCUCGUGUCGAACAGUGAGUGAGUGGGCUGGGUCACCUGUCGUACAUCAGACUUGUGUUCCCCUUCCAAAAAUUAGAAAAACGAAUUUUCUGGUCAAGCUAUCGACCAAGAUGAAACUCGUUCGCCUAGGACUCAACACCUGGUAUCGCGCUACAAAGUUGCCCGAUUGGUCACGCAGACUUUGCUUGGCUUCCCUUUCCAACGUCGAGUCCAUCUCCACCAAGAGGUAAAACCUUGAUCAGGAAUGAGCUAUGGUCGGCCUAAUCCAGCACUGCGCUCCCACCCAAACCAAUUUAACCUGGCCUGAUACACAUCACCGAACGCUAUCCUCUCUCUUCCUCAAGUUCCCUGGCUAUCCUCAGCUACAGGUAUUAAGAGGCUGGCUCGCAAUGCCAUUUUAAUGUAUAUCUGAAUUGAGGUAUUUGCGGAGUAUCUGGGUUGGACUAAAAGCGAUUAUCAUUGGGUCUUCGAGCAGCACGAAGAAGACUUAAGGGAGCAUGCAAGACAAAAUGAGAUUAAAAGAAGAAGAGCCAAGUAUUAUAAAGAAAAUUAA